AUGGCACCGCUCAGACUGCGCAUCGACGGCCGGACGUUCCGGGAUCCCCAAAACCGCGAGGUGACGCUGCACGGCAUCAACUGCGCCGCCGACGCAAAGUUCCCCGCAACCCCCGACCAGCCCUCACACGUCUCCGACAACUUCUUCGACGGCGACAACGUCUCGUUCGUAAACCGCCCUUUUUCUCUCUCAGACUCGGCCGAGCACUUUUCGCGACUGCGCAGCUGGGGAUACAACACGAUCCGCUACAUCUUCACAUGGGAAGCAAUAGAACAUGCAGGGCCGGGGAUAUAUGACGAGGAGUGGAUCGAACACACCAUAUCCAUUCUGCGCAAGGCGAAAGAAUAUGGGUUCUAUAUCUUCAUGGAUCCCCACCAGGAUGUCUGGUCACGAUUCUCUGGAGGUUCCGGAGCACCUAUGUGGACACUCUACGCAUGCGGUCUGAAUCCGCAGUUCUUUGCCGUCACCGAAGCCGCCCUCGUACAAAACACGUACCCCGACCCGAGCACAUUUCCCAAGAUGAUCUGGGCGACAAACUACACACGAAUGGUGUGUCAGGUCAUGUUCACGCUGUUCUUUGGCGGCAAAAAUUUCGCCCCCAAGGCCAUCAUCGACGGCAAGAACAUCCAGGACUAUCUGCAAGACCACUACAUUGGCGCAUGUGAGCAUCUUGCUCAGCGGAUCCAUGCGGCGGGUGAUCUGGAAUACGAUCCAGUCAUUGGAUGGGAGAGCAUGAACGAGCCCAACAGGGGCUUGAUUGGCUUUUCUGACAUCUCCGUCAUCCCCAAAGAACAGCAGCUUAAGAAGGGAACCACGCCUACCGCUUGGCAGGCAAUACUUACCGGAUCUGGUAGAGCUUGCGAGAUCGAUACGUGGGACUUUGGCGGCAUGGGACCAUUCAAGUCCGGUUCAGCACUGAUCGACCCCGAAGGCAAGACGGCCUGGUUGCCCGCAGACUACGACGAAUCGCAUUACGGCUGGAAACGCGACCCUGGUUGGAAGUUGGGGGAGUGCCUUUGGGCUCAACAUGGCGUUUGGGAUCCAACAAGUGACACGCUCCUCAAGAAAGAUUACUUUUCGAAGAAUCCAGAAAAUGGCGCCUCGAUUGAUUACGAAUACUUUACGAACAACUAUUACCUAGCACAUUACCGCAAGUACAGCAAGAUGGUCAGAUCAGUGUUCCCAGACGCGAUAAUGUUUUGUCAGCCCCCAGUGUUGGAGAUACCACCCACUAUCAAGGGAACUGCGGACGACGAUCCGAACAUGGUCUUUUCGCCACAUUUUUACGACGGCAUAACCCUGAUUACGAAGAAAUGGAACCGUGUAUGGAAUGUGGAUGUGUUUGGUGUGCUGCGAGGAAAGUACCUCACGCCAGCAUUCGCCAUCAAAAUUGGGGAGAACGCCAUCCGAAACUGCUUUGCUCAUCAACUCAGAGCGAUAAGGGACGAAGGCACAGAGCACAUGGGCGUCCACCCCUGCGUCUUCACCGAGAUUGGUAUUCCCUACGACAUGGACGACCAGUACGCAUACAAGACGGGCAACUACAGCAGUCAGAUCGCGGCACUGGACGCCAAUCAUUUCGCCCUCGAAGAGAGUGAGGCAAGUGGGUUUGCGUUGUGGACAUAUGUUGCGACAGUAAGUCAACGCGGUAACACCCACUACUGGGGCGAUCAGUGGAACGGGGAGGACCUCUCCAUCUACUCAUUAGACGACAAGGCAGUCCCCGCAGGUGCAUUCUCGCCAGCAGACUCCCGCGCAUCGUUGGACACGGACUCGCCCGCUUUCUCUCGCGCUCAUUCAACAGAUACACUCAGCGUCACGCCCGACACGCUGAAGAAGACAAUAACACCCGAACGCAUGAGCUCGAGCAAGAAAGAGGGAACCGUCCGCGGCCUGCGCGCAGCCGAAGCGUUCAUUCGUCCAACACCAUUCGCUGUGCAUGGUAACAUGUCACACUACGGGUUUGAUCUGAAGACGUGCACAUUCAAGUUGAACCUUACCGCGCCAAGCUCCACACCGCAAGACCACCCGACAGUCAUCUACCUGCCGAUAUUCCACUUCCCAGAGACCAGCGUCGAAGCCAGUGGUGGCAACUGGACUAUCACUUCGGAGAUUAGCAACGGCACCGAGCAGCAGAUAAUGAGGUGGUGGCAUGCGGAAGGUGACCAGACGUUGAGCGUCAAGGGCGUGGUGAGGAAGCCUGGGAAUCCCGUGGGGACAGACGAGGAGGAGGGAUACCUGAAGCAGUGCCAGAAGAACAGCUGUAUUGUAAUGUAG